ACGUAACGUAUUUAUUGUAGACACAGAUUACAAACGAAUUUAAAGCAAAGAAUUAUUCAUUCACUCCAAUCUUUCUUCAUCUUUAUUCUCGUUUUUCUUACAUUAAUCAUCGUGUCAUACAUCACUAAAGUGAUAUUCAGGUGGAAUGGCCAAUAGUUUAUUCAAGCAAGAGCAUGAUCUUGAAAAGAGGCGUGCUGAGGCUGCUAGAAUUAGGGAGAAAUACUUGGAUAGGAUUCCGGUGAUUGUGGAGAAGGCAGAGAGAAGUGAUAUUCCAAAAAUAGACAAGAAAAAUGAUGGCUGCGUGAUGUUGAGUAUAUUCACUGAACAGCGAGAAGUCAGAGGGCCUGAGGGAAUAUUUGCAAUCAUUACAAGGUACCUCGUUCCAGCUGACUUGACUGUAGGGCAAUUUGUUUAUGUGAUUCGCAAAAGGAUCAAACUGAGUGCUGAGAAAGCAAUUUUCAUAUUCGUAGACAAUGUCCUGCCUCCAACAGGUGCUGUAAUGUCUGCCGUAUAUGAUGAGAAGAAGGAUGAAGAUGGUUUCCUUUAUGUAACCUACAGCGGAGAGAACACGUUUGGGAAUCAGGUCAUGCUGUAGCCUUCAAAACUCGGGUUUCACUUGGGUUAUACAGUUUGGCAAUAGUUGCUACCAUCAGAUUUGUGUCAAUAUCUUUAUUCUGGUUCUUCUUUAUGAAAAUAUUAAAGUUAAAAUUAUGUAUAGCUUAUACAUGUAUAGUUUCUGAGUUUCUUGAGAUACCUAUAAAUGUCACUAUCUCAUGGUAUGUUAUUACAAUAAUCAUUUGGAUUCAA